CAAAGAACCGAGGGGUCUUUUCUUUAUCUUGUUUUAGUUAUCUGAACACUCUCGCCCACCUCUGAACAUGGCGAUAGAUGGGAAAUCGUGUUGGAGGCUGGCUUUAGCCGCUGCCCGCGCUGGUACCCAGUGCGCUGCUUGUCUGGUUAAUGGGGAGAUGGGUCAUGGAACUUCGGAUUUUUUUUUCGGUUUAGGGAUAGGAGAGAUGAGUGGCGCAAGGGUGCUUGUCCGUUGUUUUUCGCCUGCUUGAACUGGCGACGGACUCUUUUUGUUGUUCGCUGCUGAAUGAUGGAACGCUUUUGUUGCCUCUUCUCCCAACCUCCCUCUCUACCCCCAAGUGCCUGGUAUUUGUUCCCCAGUUCUGCUUUUUUUGACGUUACCACCUACCUAGUUUACAUCUGGUCCCGAUUUUUUGGCGGAUCGUUAUGGAAAAUGUUGUCCCCCCUCCUCGCGUCACAGUGGUUAAAUAUCGUUGUGUGCCCCGCAGAGGAGAGGAGAAAAGAAAGGGAAAACCUGUGUAUUUCCCUUUCCACCCAACAGUUUUUACAGCAGCAACCCCUUGAAAAAAUGGCAAAAAAAGAAAUUCCAAUCCAACGU